GAACGUUACGCCAAGUUUCACCGCCGGCCACGAACGCUUCGUCCAGGGUAUCCAGCUCCCCCGAUCGUCCCGUCGCGUACCAGUGCUGGGACGGUGCCAUGGGUUCCCGUUAAACGACACCUGUAACGAGGUGUUCCUAGGAUCGAUGAACCAAGUCCGCGGUAAUUGCUGGGCCCGUCGAUAAACACAGCCGUAGGGGAAAUGAAUCCGUCCGAGUCGCAGCAGAAUCUUCUGGCGAACGAAGCCAGAGCGCCGUCGGAGCAAUCCUUAAACCCACCCCAGGACUAUGCUCUUGGCCCAGUUGAGAAGCACUUCCUGCUAAGCGCGGAACGAGGUGAUUGUGCCACUGUCAAAAGGUUGUUGGAGGAAAAUAAGGAUCAUCCGGAGAUCUUGAACAUCAACUGCGUGGAUCCGCUGGAUCGAUCAGCCCUGAUCGCCGCCAUCGAGAACGAGAACGUCGAGCUCAUUAAUCUGCUCCUCGAGCUCGGGAUCCAAGUGAAGGAUGCACUCUUACACGCCAUAAAGGAAGAAUACGUGGAAGCUGUGGAGAUCCUUCUAGAAUGGGAAGAAAGGACACACACGCCUGGGCAGCCUUACAGUUGGGAAGCUGUCGACAGAUCGUCGUCCAACUUUACGCCUGACAUAACACCGUUGAUCCUGGCCGCGCACAAGAACAACUACGAAAUCUUGAAAAUACUUCUUGAUCGUGGCGCGACGCUCCCCACCCCUCACGACGCCAGAUGUGGCUGCGACGAGUGCGUGACAUCCAGCGAGCAGGACUCUCUGAGACACUCGCAGGCUCGAAUAAACGCUUAUCGUGCUCUCACGUCGCCAUCUUUGAUCGCUCUAUCCUCGAGGGACCCCCUUUUAACGGCCUUCGAACUGUCCUGGGAGUUACGACGAUUGAGUAAAAUGGAGCAAGAGUUUCGUUUCGAGUACAAUGAGAUGCGGGAGCAGACGCAAAACUUUGCCACAUCGUUGCUGGACCACGCACGCACGUCCCUGGAGCUGGAAAUAAUGCUGAAUUACAAUCCACACGGCGAAAACUGGGAACCCGGUGAACGACAAACGCUGGAUCGGCUCAAGCUUGCCAUCAAGUACAAACAGAAACAGUUCGUGGCCCACCCUAACGUGCAACAAUUACUGGCUGCGAUCUGGUACGACGGUCUGCCGGGCUUCAGGAGGAAAAGCAUGAUCGGGCAGUUCAUAGAAAUCGGAAAACUGGGCGCCAUGUUCCCGGUUUACAGCUCGAUUUACAUGCUGUCGCCCACGUCGCCGAUGGGUCUGUUCAUGAAGAAACCGUUCGUCAAGUUCAUCUGCCACUCUUCGUCGUACGCGUUCUUUCUGAUGCUGCUCGGGAUGGCGUCUCAACGUAUCGAGUACCUGGUAAUCGAGUUAUUCGGGAACGCCUGGUUGCACGAGAUACUGGCUGAAUGGAAGAGACGAGAACGCGGCUGUAUUCCUGGUUUCGUCGAAUCUGGCGUCGUCAUCUACGUAAUCAGUUUGGUCACGGGCGAAAUGAGAUCGUUAUGGUCGGACGGGUUGUUGGAGUACGUAUCGGAUCUAUGGAACGUGGUGGACUUUAUUCAAAACGUGUUUUACGUAAUCUGGGUAGUGUUAAGGCUCACGGCUUGGAUUAUAGUUCAAAGGGAAUAUUGGGGCGGUGUAGAUCCUUGGUACCCCAGAGAUCAAUGGCAUGCUUUCGAUCCUAUGCUUCUUUCCGAGGGAGCUUUCGCCGCCGGUAUGAUUUUUAGUUUUUUGAAGCUCGUCCACAUAUUCAGCGUGAACCCCCACCUUGGACCACUCCAAAUUUCCCUUGGGAGAAUGAUAAUAGACAUUAUCAAGUUCUUCUUCAUCUACACGCUAGUGUUGUUCGCCUUCGGUUGCGGAAUGAACCAAUUGAUGUGGUAUUACGCGGAUCUGGAGAAGAUGAAAUGCUACAGCAUAAAAGGCUUCCCGGAUCUGCCGGACUUUGACAAUCAGGAGAAGGCCUGCUCCAUUUGGAGACGUUUCGCAAACUUGUUCGAAACGUCGCAAUCGCUCUUUUGGGCCAGUUUUGGCAUGGUAGACCUAAUGUCCUUCGAUCUGACAGGGAUAAAGAGCUUCACGAGAUUUUGGGCACUGCUCAUGUUCGGUUCCUACUCCGUGAUAAACGUGAUCGUCCUGCUGAACAUGUUGAUCGCUAUGAUGUCCAAUUCCUAUCAGAUCAUCUCGGAAAGAGCCGACACGGAAUGGAAGUUUGCGAGAAGCCACCUGUGGAUGAGCUACUUCGAAGAUGGUGACACGGUGCCUCCUCCAUUCAAUAUGGUUCCGACUGGCAAAACGUUCAACAAAAUUCUAACGUGCGGAAAAACCGGCCGUCAAACGAGAUCUUUGAUCAAAAAGUCGCGGGAAAAAGCACUGGCGAGGCACGACACGGUGAUGCGAUUGCUGAUACGACGCUACGUGACCGCCGAACAAAGAAAACGCGACGACUUUGGCAUCACCGAGGACGACGUAAUCGAAAUCAGACAGGACAUUUCCUCCCUGCGUUACGAGCUGAUUGAUAUCCUACGGCAGAACGGAAUGAGGACGCCGCAGUUUGACAAACAGGAAGCAGCUUUAUCUGGGAAGAAAGGUCGAGUGAUGGAACGUCGUCUUCAGAAGGACUUCCAGAUCGGUAUAGUGGAGGGGAUCGUGAACGCCGUGAUCCAGAGCGAGAAGGAGCCAAAGGACGUGUUCAGUCAAAUCGCGAAAGCGAUCGGCCGGAAGAGCAGCGGAAGCAAGAAGAAGGACUGGAACGCUGUCGUGCGGAAGAACACCAUCGUGAGGGAUCCGAUUGGUAGCACCAGCGAGGCGACGAUGAAACGACGCAGCAUUCGUAGACUGCCGCAUCAGACGAACUCUGACCUGGCCUCGUUGGACCCUAAUCGUCUGGUCGACUACAAUCCAAAUCUGACCGAGGUCUCGCCAACCACCAGAAUCGCGUACGCAAAGUUCAUGAUGAGUCGAAUUAAACCAGGCCCGGAAGAAGGCGAAGAAGAAGCGAAGGAGGAAGGGACAGAACGGACCCAGAGGGUCAGCAUUCAAGAACCAGAUCGUCCUGUUUCGGUGUUGAAGAAGAGCUUGCUGAAGUCGAUCAGCACCGGGAGCUUGGACAAGGGCGACAAGUCGGUGUCCAUCGAAGUGAGGGCGCCCUCCCCGAUCCCGGAGGACCCGAGAGAGGACGAGGCCGCGAAAUCGCCCAAAGGGAAAGCUGCUGCCGCGAAACAAACCAGCCAGACAUCGAAGAAGGAGGAAGAUGCGAAGAAACCGACCGAAGAGAAGAAAGGCGACAACGACGAGGCGAAGAAGAAGGAAGAGGAGGAGAAGAAGAAGAAAGAGGCGGAAGAGAAGAAAAAGGAAGAGGAAAAGAAGAAGAAAGAUGAGGAAGAGAAGAAGAAGAAGGAAGAGGAGAAAAAGAAACAGGAGGGUGGGGAUAAGAAGGCUGGGGACGAGAAGAAAGAGUCUGGCGGUGAAGCGGCAAAAUCUGCCCCACCGGAAGACAACGUACCGGUCGCCACUACGAAGCUACGUGGAAAAUCAAAGGCCACUGGCCAAAUAAUGGGCGGAUGGAUCUGAAUCUUUUAACCUUCAUUAUUGGGUACCAAAUCUUAUAGAAGUCGAUCACGUAUUACCGUAUCUCUUCAUUUUAUCGGUCGAACGAACGCUAGACGAUUUGAUCUUACGAUUUCGAGAUCGAUAUUGAUUUACAGAGCAUGUCGCGUUGUUCACGUAUGUUUGUUACUCUCGUAUCUAUUUUUACGAUAAUACGCAACUUGUCCCGAUCGAUGAUAACCAAUGAUCCAGAUCGGAUUAUCCGAUAGCCUUGAAAAGAUUCGACACAACUA